AUGUGCACAUGCUCUCCCUCCAAAGCACACACCGCCAUCAUCGAUAUCCACACAACGACAACAGCUCACCAGAACGAAGAGACAAGCACUUUCUUGCAAUCCUUCACUUCCCACCUCGACAUCCUCACCGCCGGUUCUUUGUUCCUCCUCCCCUCUAUCCUCCCCUUCUUCGCCUCAGCCCUCACAGCCGACUCUUAUUAUGCUUCUUCCUCUUCCUCAACUCCUGCGUCUGCCCCUGAGUCCUAUGUCUCACCAACACCACCACUGUACGCAACCCAAGUACACUCAGUACCGCCGGUCUCAGGAACAACGGCAACAGCCCUUGAGUCGUCAGCGUGGACAUGGAGCACAACGUGGAUCAUGUUGUUGCCCUGUCUGGGCGUCUUGGCCCCUCUGUCGCUGUUCAAAAUCAUGACGCUCCUGGAGGAACAUGGAAUUCAAUGUCCGUGCAUCCGGUGGAGACAAGGGCGCCGAGCUGUUGCAGGAAGGAGGGUGUGGAAGUUGAUGAAGCAGAGCAACUGCCGCCAUGGUGCGGCUGAUGGACCAACCCUCAAGGCGAUCAAGCGUGUCUGGCGGAACCUUGUGGGAACAACUUCUGAUGAUUUCUUGGGGUAUGCGCCUUUGCCCUUGGCGUACCACGAUAAUGAGGUCAGUGCGGAGGAAGGUCUAUGUGUUGGGGAGAAGGACAUUCCCAAGGUCGACCUUGCCAGCAAGAGUCAUCAACGUCGUCAAGCCUCGUUGUCGGCCCUCCCUCGUCCCAAGACCAUCCUGCUGGUCAGUCUCUGGGCCUGGACACUGUUGAUGACCUUCUCGGCCAACAUGGGCUUCAACUCGCUCGAGCAGAUCUCGGUACUCCCAUCUCCUUCUUUCGCGGUUUCCUCUCCUCUGAAUUUUAUUUUCUCUCCUGCAGCCCCUGCUGACUUGCAGGCCCUGCAAGUGGAGGAUGGUCAAAUCGACCUGCGAAUGUGGGAACCUACCUCUGAUCUCUGGUCCGCCGAACAGCAACAGCCACAGGAGGAGCAGUCAGUCGAUGGUAUGGAUGCCAUUGUCUCGAUGUUAGAUAUGGAUAUCGAUGGCCAACUUGAUGCCAUCGAGGCACUCUGGGCUGAAGAUCAGUCUAAACCUGACUCGAAUGAGGAGCUCCAACCUUUUGCCAGGAUCCAGACCAGUAUUGUCAUCAUCAACAACAACAACAACAACAACAACAACAACGACGACGACGCCGCAGCAAACCCUUCGUUCGCCAACAUGAUGGAGGAGGAGACUGACGAGGACGUUGAGGAUAUGAGCAGUCUGGAUGCCAUGAUCAUGGACCCUCAGGACGAAGCCGUCUUCCACGAUUUCUUGCACCAACUCGAUCAAGAGGACGCCGCAGUCCGUGCUGCCGCGGAGGAAUCACAGGACCAAGACCAACAAAGACUCAGCAAACUGUUCAAGGCUACGGACGAUCUCAUGGUCGCCUCGAUGCUCGACAACGAUUUACCCUGUGGAUACUAUCGCCCUUCCACUCCCACAUGGUUCUCGGGUAUCCAGAAGUUCUUGGUUGGUGACAGUGUGUCAGCCGCCGACAUCGGUGGUCACUUCCCUGGUCGCACGUUCAUCUACACGGGCUGGUCGACUGAUUUGAUGAUCUUUGCCGUCUCAAUGUGUCUUGGCGGCGUCCUCGUCGGUCUUGCCCAGUCCAAGAUCCUCUACCACCAAUUGUUCGAUAGGCAUGUCAGCCUUUGUGGUACCAUUACCACUAUCCAGCGCCGUCGAGCAUCGUGGACAACCCUCUUGGCCAGUUUGGCUCUUUCGGCCACAGCCCUGGCAAUCACAUUCCUGAUGAUCGCCGACGAGAGCUGGGACGUGCCUUCAAUCUACUUUGUUGGCAUCGGUAUUGCGGGUAUCAUCCUCAUCCACGCCUGGGUUCCCAACGCAGCUCUGACUGUCCACAAGCGCGAUGACCCCACCGAUGAGGAUUCUUCAGAUGACGAUGACGAUACCUGUGUCGAAUCCGACACCGAGUUGGACACUAACAAUCAGAUCUUGGACGAAACUCCUGUCGUUUGGUCGCCACCUACAACCGAGCGUCGCAAUGCGUGUUCCUUGGACGAGAACCAUCGCUGGGAGGUUGUCGCUGCUGCGACCUUCCACGAAACCGUCUGCUACAUCCGAUAG